AUGAGCUCGUCCGACUCGUCGCACGGCAUUCUGAUGCAGAUGCUCGUCAUCUCGCCUGCCAUCGCGUGGAUCCUCAAGCCCGGCCGGUUCUCCAAGCGACUCGGCUUUGCGUACGCUGUCGCGUUCCUCGUCGCGAUUGCCGCCGCAACGAUCGGAAGUGAGCUGUACGCUCGAGAAGGCAAUUUCUACCACGUCGUGGGCAUCCAUCGGGACGCGUCGUACGCUGAGAUCAAACGCGCGUUCCGCCAGCGGUCAGUGGAGCUCCAUCCGGACAAGAACCCGUCGCUGACUGCGACGGAGGAGUUCAACAAACUUCGACUGGCGUUUGACGUGCUCGGAGAUGCUCACAGGCGUCCGCUAUAUGAUCUGUUUGGCGAAAGUGCCAUUGAUAAAGACGUACUGUCCAUGCAGAUUGAAGCACUUGUGGGCUCGCUGACGUUCUAUGCUAUUUGGGCCGUGCUCACGUAUGUCCUGACGCUGAGCGAAGCUGCGCGAGAGGCGCGUGCGUGGUCGUUGGCUGCUGGCAUCCUCUUCUUCAUGCUGGAGCUGAACUUCAUCUACGGAGGUGCUCGCUUGCCUCCGUAUUUCUUUCCAAUGAUGACAAUCAACGACUUUGUCACGAUGAUGCACUCGGCGUUCCCGCUGCUUCUGAACGGAUGUCGCGCAAUCGGCGAGUAUUUUCAUCACGACUUGGCCCGCGAGAACUUUGCGCUGAGUGUUGAGCUGCUGAAGAGCAACCAGGCGAUUCUACUGAACAUGCGCGAGUUGCAAGGAGAAGUUGCAUCGUCCUCUCGUCGCCGUCCAGAGGUUGUGAAGGGCGACGUGGUUCCUGCCGCGGCGAGGAAGCGCAUGAAAAUGGACAAGCAUUUGCCCGCGUCGCAAACGAUUGAAAACGCAUCGGACGAACAGAUUGCUGCCGCUCAAGAACUCUUGGAUGUUGCUACGCCUGAGCCAGAAGUACAGAAGGGCGACACUGGCUUGGGAAUUCCUUGGUGGGUGUGGUGCGUUGGCAUGUACUUUGCAUUCGAUUAUUUGACUGGCAAGUGA